CCUUAAUUACCUAUUGCCUUACGUCCUCUGCAAUAGCCCCAGUGCCGCGGCUGCCCUCAGCAGCUAUCCCAGAUUGUGCUCUGCUGCCGCGGGGCGAUUAGAUAAAUCCGGCGGAGCAAGAGGGGGGGGGAAAUUAUCCUGCGAUUUUUUUCUUCCUUCCUCUCCCUCUCGAUUUGCCCGAGAAAAUUUUUCGUUGUUUCCCGCAUCACUCUCCACUAAGCCGCCGCCUCCCCCGCUGGUGCUGCUCGUCGCUUCCUGCCCAAUUCGGCGCCAUUCGCGUCGCCCGGCCCCCUAUUAAUUCCCUGCCUCGGUAGUCGCUGGCCGAUUGCCUCGUGAAAUUUCCUGUUUCGUUGCCUCUCGGGGUGUUAAAUACCCACGCUGCUAGGGUUCAAUCGUCGUCAGGAGGCUUAUCACUGCGGCCUACGGCGGCGGCGGCGGUUCGAGAGUUUGUGGAUAGUUUGCGAAGAGAUAGUUAGGGUUCUGCGAAUUAUUAUUAUUAUUUUUUGUCUCCCGUGUCCGAUGGAGGAAUCGGACGUAGGAGUUAAUCCUGGGAAGCAAAUGGAAGAGGAUAAGGCUGCGGGAGUAUCGGGAGAUGAGGGUAAGAUUGAGAGGAGUCACUCUAUCAAUCUGAAUAGGGCGCCCACAGUUGCUGUGGAGGCGAGGAGCACUCAGGGGAAUGUUGAGACGCACGGCGCAGUGGUGUCGGGAACUAAGGAUGCAGGCACCGGAAAGGCAGAGCAAUCCAGUGGUGAUGGUCAGGAGAAGUUACCCAAGUGUGAGCAAGUCGACUACGAAAGUGAGAUUGAAGGCUGUGUAGAUGAUGAGAACCCUGUCAAGAAGGCUGCUUUAGUUACUUUGGUUGGAAAUGAAUAUUGUGGUGGUGAUGAUGAUGAGAGAGUUCAAGUGCUCACCAUUGUCAAGAAGGAUGAACCUGCAGAUGACAUUGGCGACUGUAUUAAUCCUGGGACAGUUGCAGGGUACAGUGAAGUGAAGGGUGCUGUAGGUGCUUCUGCCGCCACUUCUGCAGUGCGACCUGCUGGCUCCCGAUCAUCCAGUUUCCACGGUGUGACCAGGCAUAGAUGGAGUGGGAAAUAUGAAGCUCAUUUGUGGGACAGUUCUUGCAGAGUAGAGGGACGUAGAAGGAAAGGGAAACAAGUUUAUCUAGGAAGUUAUGAUACUGAGGAAAAAGCUGCCAGGGCCUAUGAUGUUGCUGCUAUUAAAUACUGGGGCGGAAAUACCAGACUAAACUUUCCGAUUGAACAAUAUGGAAAGGAAUUGGAGGACAUAAGGGAUUUGUCUCGAGAGGAAUGUGUAACAUACUUGAGAAGGAGGAGCAGCUGCUUUUCAAGAGGAGCUUCUAUUUACAGAGGAGUGACAAGAAGGCAGAAAGAUGGGAGAUGGCAAGCACGCAUAGGACUGGUUGCUGGAACUAGAGACAUUUACCUGGGAACAUUCAAAACGGAGGAAGAAGCUGCAGAGGCUUAUGAUAUUGCUGCAAUUGAGAUACGUGGCAAAAAUGCUGUGACUAAUUUUGACCGAAGCAACUAUGUCGACAAGGGUAUGCACUGUAUAGAAGGAGAAGGCUUGAGGCUGCUCGCAUCCAAGCCAGAAGAAUGACUUCAAGUUCAAUGCAGUGAUUGUUGAUGGAGCAGAUUUGGCCAGACAUAUAAUGGAGCUUAGUUGGUACAUACAGAUAGAAGAACUGGUUUCAGUUUGUCAAUAUUCCUGCUUUACAAGGCUUAAGAUUACAGUAAAUCGACCCACUAGCAACAAUUGUGCCAGGAAGAUUUUGAGCUUGUGUAUCAUAAGGCUUUGUAGCAUAGAUCUUUCUGAAAAUGUUAGCAAGUCCAUGUUUACUGUUUGAUAGCAUCGAGUUAUCAAAUUGCACUUUCCAAAUCUUUCUGAAGAAUGGUCCUUGUGUAUGAUCAAGCGUUUUACCU